AUAUUAAUCACUUCAUUACGAAAUCGACGAAAAACCUAGUACAUUCUAAUCUAAAUAUGACUCUGAGAUGACCGCUAGAGUAUUUGGAAAUGGCAAGGUUUUACACUGUGAUUAAUUUCUCUGUAUUGUUGACUUAUUUCGCUGCUGACCUGUUAUGGAAUUUUGGAUUUCUGGGAAUUCAUGCCACUGUUGGCAGUGGUACAGAAGGUUCUUGUCAGGCCUGUCCAGUAGGAACAAUUGGAAAUACUAGUGACCCAGACUGUCACAGUUGUAACAUAAGUGGUCAGUGCCAAGAUCCUUCGUCAAAUUGUGUCCUGUGUCCUGCAGGCCACCACCAAAAUUUAACAGGACAAACAGUUUGCUAUGAAUGCGAGAAAGGCAAAUAUCAAGACAAAGCUGGAAAAGCAACAUGUAUUCCUUGCCCUUUGGGAUACUUUCAGAACAAGAGAGGACAAACAUCUUGCCUCAAGUGUGAGAAAGGCCACUACCAGAACGCAACUGGAGAAACAACUUGCAAGUUAUGUCAGAAAGGAAGCUUCUCUAGCUCAGAUGGGAGCAACAUGUGUAUGCAAUGUGGCAAUGGGAAAUACUGCAACACCACGGGCUGUACCAAGUGUUUUGGUUGCCCACCUGGCCAAGAGGCAGAUCGUAUGGGUGCACAAAAUUGUACAUAUUGUCAAAAAGGUUCAUUCAAACCCUCUUCAGGCUCUGAGGUGUGCCAUUCUUGUCAAGAUGGAUGGUAUCAAUUAAAAACUGGACAGACAUCUUGUUUAGAGUGCCCAGAAGGACAUUACUGCCCUUGGCCAAACUCAGAACCAGUGCCAUGUGAUAAGGAGCAGAUUUGUCCUCCAGGCAGUAGUGCACCAAAAGAAGACUGUAAAGGGUUGAUGACUUUAAAUAAUGAAACUGAGGAAUGUGAAAUGAGCUCAAUUGUUUAUGCUCUUAUCGCUGUUUCACUAGCAGUGGUUGUGGCAGCUAUUGGUUUUGUGAUACUCCGAAAAUACAGAAGAAAUAACGAAACAAGACAGCGAUUGCUAGAGAGACAACACCCAGUUUACACUGGUUGGUGAAUAUGGAAAUUCACAGCACGACAAGAAAGAUCGUUCUACUCAAUGGUUGAAUUACUUGCCUGUUGUACACUUUGUAGCUUGGGAAUGGGUAGCGUAGCUAGGGAAGCUCCUCGGAGUAUUAAUGAAUAACCCUCCCUACAGAGCGCCAGUUAAUAAAGAAAACCCCGUUAGUUUAUCCUAAAGUUUUCCCUUUAGAGGUUUAUUAGCACGAGUAACAAUUUACAUGUAAUAAGGUUUAUAUUUUGGAUGUUGAUUUAAGUCAGCACUAUGGCAACAUCAUAUCUAAUGACAGACAUUUGAAUCGUUGGCCUAAAUCCAUGUACCUUAUUAUUUUAAUGUUGCCUUAAAUUUUUAAAAUGCGAAUAGCAGCGAAAGACGAGUUUAUUUAGUUCCAAGAACAUGAUCAUAUACUUGUAUGCGCGUGGUGUUAAAACUCCGUGGAGCCUCCUUAACUCGAGUGUCAUUAAAAUAGGCAGAUGACUUAUUAUGAAUAAUGCUUUGUAUGAAUUUAAGUUAAGUGAUGACGUUGAGGAGAAUUUUAUCAUUGUAACGAUUCUUGCAUUGAUGUUCUUAUUACACACGCAUUUCCUCUCAGAGAAAAGGAAAAAAAAUGAAAUGAAUUAGCUUUUCGUAAAAUAUUUUUUGA